CAGGGCACGCAGCCUCUUCCCUCCAGUCGUCCCCGGCGGCCCUCGCUCCCAGGCCCCGCAGUCUCAUUUGCCGCCUUGCGACGCGUGACCCCGGCGCGCGCGCGUCCCGGGCCGGUGACAGGCGCGGGGUGCGCCGAUCGGUCUCAUGUACCCCCUCCUCCUCACUGCCGCUGCAGUCGCCGCGCCCCGAACCUCGCUCCGGCUCCUCGGCAGAGGGCUUGCCGCCAUGUCUACCGCAGGGCCCCUCAAAUCCGUGGACUACGAGGUGUUCGGGAGAGUGCAGGGUGUGUGCUUCAGAAUGUACACAGAAGGUGAGGCUAAGAAAAUAGGAGUGGUUGGCUGGGUGAAGAAUACCAGCAAAGGCACUGUGACAGGCCAAGUGCAAGGCCCUGAAGAGAAAGUCAAUUCCAUGAAGUCCUGGCUGAGCAAGGUUGGAAGUCCUAGUUCUCGCAUUGACCGCACGGACUUCUCUAAUGAAAAAACCAUCUCUAAACUUGAAUAUUCUAAUUUUAGUAUUCGAUACUAAUAGAAAUAAAAAUUAAUGUUCAUAACACAA